AUGGCACAAAACGGCCUCUAUUCCGCCAGCCAAUUCAUGAACCCUGGCCCGGCUCCCAAACCACCUACAGACAGACCUCGACUUGCCCUAACACCCAGUGCCAACCUACCCGGCAACAUGGCGAACAUGGCCAUUUCACCUAUUCGAAGUACCGCCACAUCGACGUACACCGGUUCUACCAUCUCCUUACCCAUCGCCCGCCAGCAGUCUAAUAACAUGGAUGGUAUGGGGGGAGUUGCUGUAAAGAAAGAAGGAUGGGCAUCGGUCAAGGAGAGCAAGAACUUUAUCCAACCUUGGAAACAAAAGUAUUUGAUCCUUCGAAAGGAGUCUCUCGACUUUCACAAAACUGAAGGAGGCAAAGUGUCUUAUACCCUAUAUCUAAAAGAUGUGGUUAAUGUCGGCAGGGUUGAGGCCGCUGGUACCAUUUUUGAAAUCAAAAGGAAGCCUGAUGGCGCUUCAAACAGCCCGGGUGACGACGAUGGCCAAACAAAGACCCUACAUAUCAAAGUCAAGGGAGACGAUGAACUCUAUGAGUGGAUUGAUCUCAUCUAUGGCGCGUGCCCUGGCAUGGGAGGCGUGAGCAACCCAACCAACUUUUCCCACGCAGUUCAUGUUGGGUUUGACCCCCAAACUGGCGAAUUUGUCGGUUUGCCGCCCGAAUGGUCGAAACUACUCAACUCAUCCGCAAUCACGAAGGAAGAUUAUGAGCGCAACCCCCAGGCUGUAUUUGAAGUAUUGGACUUCUACACAGAUCUUGCGAAGAGAGCCGAAAAUCCUAACCAGUAUUCUAGCAUGACUCCUACUCCUCCAGGGGGCAUGCAACAAAAACAACUCGGGGCCGCGGCCGGGGCAGGUAUCGCUCCUCCUCGUCCAGCCCCUCCGACACCAACACAACGAAACAUGAGUUAUGGUAGUACACCUCCCCAAUCUGGCAACCGUCAGCAAAGACGCCCUCCUCUCGGGGACCAGCAGCAACAGCGUCAACAAAUGCAGAACAUGGCUCCCAAUUAUGUAUCCCAGGAUGCCCUUAGAGAAGAACAACGCAGGAAGCAGAUGGAAGCCCAACGCCAGCGCGAAGCUGAAGACCGAGAACGCCGGGAACUGGAGGCUUACAAUGCAUCCCUUCCUAAGAACAAGGUGCCCCUAGCCCAGCAAGAGAUCGGUGGUUAUGGUGGUGGUUCCGGAGGCUCACCACAGGGCGAUCGAUUCAACCCUACGAGAGCCGCUCCCCCAGCACCGAAGCUAUCAGGGAGCCCAGCAAAUGGCAUGCGUGCUCAGAGACCAGCUCCCCCCCCACCAUCAUCUACUUCCUCGCCUCGCCCUCCCCAAGCAGCUCAAUCAAGCUCCUCUCGCGACCCUACCAGCCAAACCUCCAGAAUCCCCCGCAACGACGGUUCGCCAGCAUCCAGAAAUCCAAAUAGCACUCAGCCUCAGCCAAGACAACCGCAGCCUGCGCAAGGUGCGUCACGUUUGCCGGCUCCUGUCAAGCCGCUGAACGUGGCACCUAAGCCAAGUCAGGCUCACCCAGCGGAGGGAAUCAAGGCUGCUGAAGCAGCCCUCACCGCCAAGCCCUCGCCGUCGGAGCGCAAGCAAGAUGUACGCAUGUCGACAAUGUCGGAAAAUGAGGUCAUGGCCAAACUAAAGGAAGCCGUGUCAAAAGAUGACCCCAACAUGUCGUACUCUAAACAGAAGAAGAUUGGUCAAGGGGCUUCUGGCUCCGUGUAUGUGGCCAAAAUCAAGGAGACCGCUCAGGGUGUUGCCCGGGAGGUUCUGCGACAACAGGGUGCCCGAGCACAAGUCGCCAUUAAGCAGAUGGAUCUUGCCCAUCAGCCAAGAAAGGAACUGAUUGUGAACGAAAUCAUGGUCAUGAAGGACAGUCGGCACAGAAAUAUUGUCAACUUUCUGGAUGCCUUCUUGCGAAACAACAAUCAGGAACUCUGGGUUGUUAUGGAGUAUAUGGAAGGUGGUGCUCUGACGGACGUCAUUGACAACAACCCAUCCAUUUCUGAAGAGCAGAUUUCGACCAUUUGCAAUGAAUCGAAGCGAGCCACCAUGGUUGGAACACCAUACUGGAUGGCGCCAGAAGUUGUCAAGCAGAAGGAAUAUGGCCCCAAAGUCGACAUUUGGUCAUUGGGCAUCAUGGCUAUUGAAAUGAUCGAGUCUGAACCGCCAUACCUCAAUGAGGAGCCUUUGAAGGCCCUAUAUUUGAUCGCCACUAACGGAACCCCUCGCCUCAAGAAGCCCGAGAAGUUAAGCAAGGAGCUCAAGGCAUUUCUCUCAGUCUGUCUUUGCGUCGACGUCAAAAGCCGCGCUUCGGCUGAUGAGCUUCUGGCACAUGACUUUUUGAAAUACGGCUGCCCACUGGGCAGCUUAGCAGAGCUCUUGGCGUUCAAGAAACACGCGAAAUAA